CCAACUUUUCUAUAUGAUGUUUCUAUAUUGUCAGUUGAAAGUACUUUGUCAUCAGUAUUAGUGAAUCUACUGCUAAAAAGUUUUGUAUUUUCAGCAGAUUCUCUUGCACUCAUCUGGCCUCUCUGAUUGGCUGCUCGUCUGACAGCUCUAUUGUUCAUCUCCGAUCUCCAUCCAGCUCCUGUGCACCCACAAAAAAUAACAGCCAAUAGCUCAUGGAAAUCUGCCUGCCUUGGCAUAAUUGAGCUUCACACUAAUCAGUCUGAUAAAAUUUUUGGGGAAAAAAGAGUGUGUCUGUAGGUGCAAGAUGUACAGCUUUAUGGGAGGUGGACUGUUUUGUGCAGGAUUGGGAAAUAUACUCCUGGUGAUCUCCACUGCCACCGAUUACUGGAUGCAGUACCGCCAGUCCAGCAGUUACAUGCAUCAGGGCCUGUGGCGCUACUGUGUACCUGGAAAAUGCAUGACAUACACAGACAGCAUCGCAUAUUGGGAUGCCACCCGGGCCUUCAUGAUCCUGGCCAUCUUAGCUUGUUCCUUUGGCAUCAUCAUCGGUGUCAUGGCUUUCAUCAAUUACUCCUCCUUUAACGCUUUUGACAAAACCUUUUCUGCAGGAAUUCUCUAUUUCAUUUCAUGCUUCUUUGUGCUGCUGGCUAUGGCUGUCUACACUGGGAUGACAGUCAACUACUAUGGAAAACGUUAUGGGAACUGGCGCUUCUCGUGGUCGUACAUAAUGGGUUGGGUUUCUGUGGUGCUCAUGUUCUUUUCAGGGAUCUUCUAUAUGUGUGCUUACCGGAUGUAUGAACCAAGAGGUCCCAUGUCACGCUGAUGCUUCUCAUCUCAGAUCUGCUAUUUGAUCCAUUCAUGUGAACUAUCAUGUCAUGCCUGAUCCCUUUAUUUUUGACCUCAGUUCAUUUUAAAAUCACAUAACACAAACUAAUAAAUGACUUAAACAACA